AAUAAUAAUAAUAAUAAUAAUAAUAAUAAUAAUAAUAAUAAUAAUAAUAAUAAUAAUAAUAAUAAUAAUAAUAAUAAUAAUAAUAAUAAUAAUAAUAAUAAUAAUAAUAAUAAUAAUAAUAAUAAUAAUAAUAAUAAUAAUAAUAAUAAUAAUAAUAAUAAUAAUAAUAAUAAUAAUAAUAAUAAUAAUAAUAAUAAUAAUAAUAAUAAUAAUAAUAAUAAUAAUAAUAAUAAUAAUAAUAAUAAUAAUAAUAAUAAUAAUAAUAAUAAUAAUAAUAAUAAUAAUAAUAAUAAUAAUAAUAAUAAUAAUAAUAAUAAUAAUAAUAAUAAUAAUAAUAAUAAUAAUAAUAAUAAUAAUAAUAAUAAUAAUAAUAAUAAUAAUAAUAAUAAUAAUAAUAAUAAUAAUAAUAAUAAUAAUAAUAAUAAUAAUAAUAAUAAUAAUAAUAAUAAUAAUAAUAAUAAUAAUAAUAAUAAUAAUAAUAAUAAUAAUAAUAAUAAUAAUAAUAAUAAUAAUAAUAAUAAUAAUAAUAAUAAUAAUAAUAAUAAUAAUAAUAAUAAUAAUAAUAAUAAUAAUAAUAAUAAUAAUAAUAAUAAUAAUAAUAAUAAUAAUAAUAAUAAUAAUAAUAAUAAUAAUAAUAAUAAUAAUAAUAAUAAUAAUAAUAAUAAUAAUAAUAAUAAUAAUAAUAAUAAUAAUAAUAAUAAUAAUAAUAAUAAUAAUAAUAAUAAUAAUAAUAAUAAUAAUAAUAAUAAUAAUAAUAAUAAUAAUAAUAAUAAUAAUAAUAAUAAUAAUAAUAAUAAUAAUAAUAAUAAUAAUAAUAAUAAUAAUAAUAAUAAUAAUAAUAAUAAUAAUAAUAAUAAUAAUAAUAAUAAUAAUAAUAAUAAUAAUAAUAAUAAUAAUAAUAAUAAUAAUAAUAAUAAUAAUAAU